UCCUGAGUGAAGCGUCAACCACCUCCCGAGGCCAGCACACUUCAACAGGUGGAGCUCAGACCACCGAGCCGUCCAAAACAACAGUCUUCAAUCAGGAAUCUACAACCUUCCCAACAAACUCCAUUUCCACGGUACCAACUCGAUCUCCCGAGACCUCCUACACUACAUCCCUGAGAGAAGAAUCGACCACGUUCCCAAGUGGCCCGCUGUCGACUCAAGCCACGCAAGCAGCUGACACAGCCCGAACAACAGUCUCCAGCCACGGAUCUGCAGCUUCCCAGAGCCACUCCAUUUCAACACAGACUGCUUCUGUCCCCGCUGAGAGCCCCCUCACCACAGUGCAACCUGAGGCACGUACAGCCUCCACAAGCAGCUCCAUUUCAACGCAUGGCUCUCAAGCCACAGGGUCAUUCCCAGGGACUGUCUUCACUCUGGAACCUACAACCGUCUCUGGCAGCCCGACGUCGACAGAAAGCACGCUACCAGCCGACACUGCCCACACCACAGUCCCAUCUGAAGCCUCUACAGCCUCCCAAGGCAGCCCAGUUUCGUCAGAAGCAACUCACGCGCCUCAAACCUCCCAGACAAGGGUCUUCCCUCAGCAAUCUACAGUCUUCCCAGCCACAGCCAGCACAACAGCCGCAGAAACAGCUGGGACUCCUGAGGCCUCCUCCACCUCAGCUGUCACUGAGGAGUCUACAGCCUCCCCACGUGGCCCAAUGUCGACACAAACAACUCGGGCACCUGAGACGACGUCACCAAGACUUUUCACUCAGGCAUCUACAGUCUUCUCAGCCGCCGCAAGGUCACCAGAGACCUCUGUAGCUUCUGAGAUCUCCUACACCUCAGCUGUGAGUGAGGCAUCUCCAAGAUCCUCCAGGACCCCGAUGACAACACGGGCCACCCAGCCCAGCCAAGGCCCCGAAACCGGGUUCUCUCAGAAGUCUACAACCUUGUCGGGCAGCUCCGCGUCCCCAGAAACUGCUGUGCCUCCCGAUGUCACCCACACAGCAGCGCCGACUGAGGCGUCUACCACGUCCCUGAGCAGCGCCCUAUUGACACCAACAGCUCCGGCUCCAGAGAACUCUGAAACAACACUUCACACUCAGGAACCCACCACAUCCCUAAGCCGCCCAGUGUCCACGGGAACAGCUGGACCUCCUGGGACCUCCUCCACCGCAGCUGUGAGGGAGCCAUCUACAACACACACCAGGAGCCCGGUUCCAACACAUGCAACUCAACCAGCUGAGUCCCGGGAGACGCUGUUCACUCAGGAAUCAACAACCUCCCCAACCGGCUCCAUUUCCACGGGGACGGUGGUCCCUCCUGAGACCCCGCAUACUUCACGGUUAAGGGAGGCAUCGACCACACCCCCACGGACCCCAGCAUCAGCCCCUGCCACUCAGUCAGCUCAAACAUGGAAAGCAGGGUCCACCCAGGAACCAACAACUUCCCCAAGAAACUCAGCUUCCACAGAAACUUCGCUACCUCCUGAGAGCUCCCACACAACAGGGCAAACUGGGGUAUCUACAACCUCCGCAAGCAGCUCAGUUUCAACACGUGCAACCCAACCAAGGGAAACCUCCCAAACAGAGUUCACGCAGGAAUCUACGACCUCCACGCACAGCUCAGUUUCCCCAGAAACCGCCGUCCCCCCUGACACCUCCGGCUCCACAGCUCCGCCUGAGGUACCUACAACCGCCCCAAGAAGCACAGUCUCCUCGGGUUCACCUCAACCCUCUGGUACCUCGCCGGCAACCGCCUCCACUCAGGAAUCUCCCAUCUCUCCAAGCAGCUCAGUUUCCCCAGCAACUGCCCUGCCUGCCGGGACACCCUUCACUUCAGUCCUGAGUGAAGCGUCAACCACCUCCCGAGGCCAGCACACUUCAACAGGUGGAGCUCAGACCACCGAGCCGUCCAAAACAACAGUCUUCAAUCAGGAAUCUACAACCUUCCCAACAAACUCCAUUUCCACGGUACCAACUCGAUCUCCCGAGACCUCCUACACUACAUCCCUGAGAGAAGAAUCGACCACGUUCCCAAGUGGCCCGCUGUCGACUCAAGCCACGCAAGCAGCUGACACAGCCCGAACAACAGUCUCCAGCCACGGAUCUGCAGCUUCCCAGAGCCACUCCAUUUCAACACAGACUGCUUCUGUCCCCGCUGAGAGCCCCCUCACCACAGUGCAACCUGAGGCACCCCGACGUCGACAGAAAGCACGCUACCAGCCGACACUGCCCACACCACAGUCCCAUCUGAAACCUCUACAGCCUCCCAAGGCAGCCCAGUUUCGUCAGAAGCAACUCACGCGCCUCAAACCUCCCAGACAAGGGUCUUCCCUCAGCAAUCUACAGUCUUCCCAGCCACAGCCAGCACAACAGCCGCAGAAAACAGCUGGGACUCCUGAGGCCUCCUCCACCUCAGCUGUCACUGAGGAGUCUACAGCCUCCCCACGUGGCCCAAUGUCGACACAAACAACUCGGGCACCUGAGACGACGUCACCAAGACUUUUCACUCAGGCAUCUACAGUCUUCUCAGCCGCCGCAAGGUCACCAGAGACCUCUGUAGCUUCUGAGAUCUCCUACACCUCAGCUGUGAGUGAGGCAUCUCCAAGAUCCUCCAGGACCCCGAUGACAACACGGGCCACCCAGCCCAGCCAAGGCCCCGAAACCGGGUUCUCUCAGAAGUCUACAACCUUGUCGGGCAGCUCCGCGUCCCCAGAAACUGCUGUGCCUCCCGAUGUCACCCACACAGCAGCGCCGACUGAGGCGUCUACCACGUCCCUGAGCAGCGCCCUAUUGACACCAACAGCUCCGGCUCCAGAGAACUCUGAAACAACACUUCACACUCAGGAACCCACCACAUCCCUAAGCCGCCCAGUGUCCACGGGAACAGCUGGACCUCCUGGGACCUCCUCCACCGCAGCUGUGAGGGAGCCAUCUACAACACACACCAGGAGCCCGGUUCCAACACAUGCAACUCAACCAGCUGAGUCCCGGGAGACGCUGUUCACUCAGGAAUCAACAACCUCCCCAACCGGCUCCAUUUCCACGGGGACGGUGGUCCCUCCUGAGACCCCGCAUACUUCACGGUUAAGGGAGGCAUCGACCACACCCCCACGGACCCCAGCAUCAGCCCCUGCCACUCAGUCAGCUCAAACAUGGAAAGCAGGGUCCACCCAGGAACCAACAACUUCCCCAAGAAACUCAGCUUCCACAGAAACUUCGCUACCUCCUGAGAGCUCCCACACAACAGGGCAAACUGGGGUAUCUACAACCUCCGCAAGCAGCUCAGUUUCAACACGUGCAACCCAACCAAGGGAAACCUCCCAAACAGAGUUCACGCAGGAAUCUACGACCUCCACGCACAGCUCAGUUUCCCCAGAAACCGCCGUCCCCCCUGACACCUCCGGCUCCACAGCUCCGCCUGAGGUACCUACAACCGCCCCAAGAAGCACAGUCUCCACGGGUUCACCUCAACCCUCUGGUACCUCGCCGGCAACCGCCUCCACUCAGGAAUCUCCCAUCUCUCCAAGCAGCUCAGUUUCCCCAGCAACUGCCCUGCCUGCCGGGACACCCUUCACUUCAGUCCUGAGUGAAGCGUCAACCACCUCCCGAGGCCAGCACACUUCAACAGGUGGAGCUCAGACCACCGAGCCGUCCAAAACAACAGUCUUCAAUCAGGAAUCUACAACCUUCCCAACAAACUCCAUUUCCACGGUACCAACUCGAUCUCCCGAGACCUCCUACACUACAUCCCUGAGAGAAGAAUCGACCACGUUCCCAAGUGGCCCGCUGUCGACUCAAGCCACGCAAGCAGCUGACACAGCCCGAACAACAGUCUCCAGCCACGGAUCUGCAGCUUCCCAGAGCCACUCCAUUUCAACACAGACUGCUUCUGUCCCCGCUGAGAGCCCCCUCACCACAGUGCAACCUGAGGCACGUACAGCCUCCACAAGCAGCUCCAUUUCAACGCAUGGCUCUCAAGCCACAGGGUCAUUCCCAGGGACUGUCUUCACUCUGGAACCUACAACCGUCUCUGGCAGCCCGACGUCGACAGAAAGCACGCUACCAGCCGACACUGCCCACACCACAGUCCCAUCUGAAGCCUCUACAGCCUCCCAAGGCAGCCCAGUUUCGUCAGAAGCAACUCACGCGCCUCAAACCUCCCAGACAAGGGUCUUCCCUCAGCAAUCUACAGUCUUCCCAGCCACAGCCAGCACAACAGCCGCAGAAACAGCUGGGACUCCUGAGGCCUCCUCCACCUCAGCUGUCACUGAGGAGUCUACAGCCUCCCCACGUGGCCCAAUGUCGACACAAACAACUCGGGCACCUGAGACGACGUCACCAAGACUUUUCACUCAGGCAUCUACAGUCUUCUCAGCCGCCGCAAGGUCACCAGAGACCUCUGUAGCUUCUGAGAUCUCCUACACCUCAGCUGUGAGUGAGGCAUCUCCAAGAUCCUCCAGGACCCCGAUGACAACACGGGCCACCCAGCCCAGCCAAGGCCCCGAAACCGGGUUCUCUCAGAAGUCUACAACCUUGUCGGGCAGCUCCGCGUCCCCAGAAACUGCUGUGCCUCCCGAUGUCACCCACACAGCAGCGCCGACUGAGGCGUCUACCACGUCCCUGAGCAGCGCCCUAUUGACACCAACAGCUCCGGCUCCAGAGAACUCUGAAACAACACUUCACACUCAGGAACCCACCACAUCCCUAAGCCGCCCAGUGUCCACGGGAACAGCUGGACCUCCUGGGACCUCCUCCACCGCAGCUGUGAGGGAGCCAUCUACAACACACACCAGGAGCCCGGUUCCAACACAUGCAACUCAACCAGCUGAGUCCCGGGAGACGCUGUUCACUCAGGAAUCAACAACCUCCCCAACCGGCUCCAUUUCCACGGGGACGGUGGUCCCUCCUGAGACCCCGCAUACUUCACGGUUAAGGGAGGCAUCGACCACACCCCCACGGACCCCAGCAUCAGCCCCUGCCACUCAGUCAGCUCAAACAUGGAAAGCAGGGUCCACCCAGGAACCAACAACUUCCCCAAGAAACUCAGCUUCCACAGAAACUUCGCUACCUCCUGAGAGCUCCCACACAACAGGGCAAACUGGGGUAUCUACAACCUCCGCAAGCAGCUCAGUUUCAACACGUGCAACCCAACCAAGGGAAACCUCCCAAACAGAGUUCACGCAGGAAUCUACGACCUCCACGCACAGCUCAGUUUCCCCAGAAACCGCCGUCCCCCCUGACACCUCCGGCUCCACAGCUCCGCCUGAGGUACCUACAACCGCCCCAAGAAGCACAGUCUCCACGGGUUCACCUCAACCCUCUGGUACCUCGCCGGCAACCGCCUCCACUCAGGAAUCUCCCAUCUCUCCAAGCAGCUCAGUUUCCCCAGCAACUGCCCUGCCUGCCGGGACACCCUUCACUUCAGUCCUGAGUGAAGCGUCAACCACCUCCCGAGGCCAGCACACUUCAACAGGUGGAGCUCAGACCACCGAGCCGUCCAAAACAACAGUCUUCAAUCAGGAAUCUACAACCUUCCCAACAAACUCCAUUUCCACGGUACCAACUCGAUCUCCCGAGACCUCCUACACUACAUCCCUGAGAGAAGAAUCGACCACGUUCCCAAGUGGCCCGCUGUCGACUCAAGCCACGCAAGCAGCUGACACAGCCCGAACAACAGUCUCCAGCCACGGAUCUGCAGCUUCCCAGAGCCACUCCAUUUCAACACAGACUGCUUCUGUCCCCGCUGAGAGCCCCCUCACCACAGUGCAACCUGAGGCACGUACAGCCUCCACAAGCAGCUCCAUUUCAACGCAUGGCUCUCAAGCCACAGGGUCAUUCCCAGGGACUGUCUUCACUCUGGAACCUACAACCGUCUCUGGCAGCCCGACGUCGACAGAAAGCACGCUACCAGCUGACACUGCCCACACCACAGUCCCAUCUGAAGCCUCUACAGCCUCCCAAGGCAGCCCAGUUUCGUCAGAAGCAACUCACGCGCCUCAAACCUCCCAGACAAGGGUCUUCCCUCAGCAAUCUACAGUCUUCCCAGCCACAGCCAGCACAACAGCCGCAGAAACAGCUGGGACUCCUGAGGCCUCCUCCACCUCAGCUGUCACUGAGGAGUCUACAGCCUCCCCACGUGGCCCAAUGUCGACACAAACAACUCGGGCACCUGAGACGACGUCACCAAGACUUUUCACUCAGGCAUCUACAGUCUUCUCAGCCGCCGCAAGGUCACCAGAGACCUCUGUAGCUUCUGAGAUCUCCUACACCUCAGCUGUGAGUGAGGCAUCUCCAAGAUCCUCCAGGACCCCGAUGACAACACGGGCCACCCAGCCCAGCCAAGGCCCCGAAACCGGGUUCUCUCAGAAGUCUACAACCUUGUCGGGCAGCUCCGCGUCCCCAGAAACUGCUGUGCCUCCCGAUGUCACCCACACAGCAGCGCCGACUGAGGCGUCUACCACGUCCCUGAGCAGCGCCCUAUUGACACCAACAGCUCCGGCUCCAGAGAACUCUGAAACAACACUUCACACUCAGGAACCCACCACAUCCCUAAGCCGCCCAGUGUCCACGGGAGCAGCUGGACCUCCUGGGACCUCCUCCACCGCAGCUGUGAGGGAGCCAUCUACAACACACACCAGGAGCCCGGUUCCAACACAUGCAACUCAACCAGCUGAGUCCCGGGAGACGCUGUUCACUCAGGAAUCAACAACCUCCCCAACCGGCUCCAUUUCCACGGGGACGGUGGUCCCUCCUGAGACCCCGCAUACUUCACGGUUAAGGGAGGCAUCGACCACACCCCCACGGACCCCAGCAUCAGCCCCUGCCACUCAGUCAGCUCAAACAUGGAAAGCAGGGUCCACCCAGGAACCAACAACUUCCCCAAGAAACUCAGCUUCCACAGAAACUUCGCUACCUCCUGAGAGCUCCCACACAACAGGGCAAACUGGGGUAUCUACAACCUCCGCAAGCAGCUCAGUUUCAACACGUGCAACCCAACCAAGGGAAACCUCCCAAACAGAGUUCACGCAGGAAUCUACGACCUCCACGCACAGCUCAGUUUCCCCAGAAACCGCCGUCCCCCCUGACACCUCCGGCUCCACAGCUCCGCCUGAGGUACCUACAACCGCCCCAAGAAGCACAGUCUCCACGGGUUCACCUCAACCCUCUGGUACCUCGCCGGCAACCGCCUCCACUCAGGAAUCUCCCAUCUCUCCAAGCAGCUCAGUUUCCCCAGCAACUGCCCUGCCUGCCGGGACACCCUUCACUUCAGUCCUGAGUGAAGCGUCAACCACCUCCCGAGGCCAGCACACUUCAACAGGUGGAGCUCAGACCACCGAGCCGUCCAAAACAACAGUCUUCAAUCAGGAAUCUACAACCUUCCCAACAAACUCCAUUUCCACGGUACCAACUCGAUCUCCCGAGACCUCCUACACUACAUCCCUGAGAGAAGAAUCGACCACGUUCCCAAGUGGCCCGCUGUCGACUCAAGCCACGCAAGCUGCUGACACAGCCCGAACAACAGUCUCCAGCCACGGAUCUGCAGCUUCCCAGAGCCACUCCAUUUCAACACAGACUGCUUCUGUCCCCGCUGAGAGCCCCCUCACCACAGUGCAACCUGAGGCACCCCGACGUCGACAGAAAGCACGCUACCAGCUGACACUGCCCACACCACAGUCCCAUCUGAAGCCUCUACAGCCUCCCAAGGCAGCCCAGUUUCGUCAGAAGCAACUCACGCGCCUCAAACCUCCCAGACAAGGGUCUUCCCUCAGCAAUCUACAGUCUUCCCAGCCACAGCCAGCACAACAGCCGCAGAAAACAGCUGGGACUCCUGAGGCCUCCUCCACCUCAGCUGUCACUGAGGAGUCUACAGCCUCCCCACGUGGCCCAAUGUCGACACAAACAACUCGGGCACCUGAGACGACGUCACCAAGAGUUUUCACUCAGGCAUCUACCGUCUUCUCAGCCGCCUCAAUGUCACCAGAGACCUCUGUAGCUUCUGAGAUCUCCUACACCUCAGCUGUGAGUGAGGCAUCUCCAAGAUCCUCCAGGACCCCGAUGACAACACGGGCCACCCAGCCCAGCCAAGGCCCCGAAACCGGGUUCUCUCAGAAGUCUACAACCUUGUCGGGCAGCUCCGCGUCCCCAGAAACUGCUGUGCCUCCCGAUGUCACCCACACAGCAGCGCCGACUGAGGCGUCUACCACGUCCCUGAGCAGCGCCAUAUUGACACCAACAGCUCCGGCUCCAGAGAACUCUGAAACAACACUUCACACUCAGGAACCCACCACAUCCCUAAGCCGCCCAGUGUCCACGGGAAUAGCUGGACCUCCUGGGACCUCCUCCACCGCAGCUGUGAGGGAGCCAUCUACAACACACACCAGGAGCCCGGUUCCAACACAUGCAACUCAACCAGCUGAGUCCCGGGAGACGCUGUUAACUCAGGAAUCAACAACCUCCCCAACCGGCUCCAUUUCCACGGGGACGGUGGUCCCUCCUGAGACCCCGCAUACUUCACGGUUAAGGGAGGCAUCGACCACACCCCCACGGACCCCAGCAUCAGCCCCUGCCACUCAGUCAGCUCAAACAUGGAAAGCAGGGUCCACCCAGGAACCAACAACUUCCCCAAGAAACUCAUCAUUAACAGAAACACUUCUACCUCUUAAUACUUCAUUUUCUACUGUCUUGACUGCUUCAUCUAGCCCAUCUCCACGCAGCCUAAUUUCUACCCUAACAACUCAAGUCUAUCCAACUUCCCAAGGAGUCUUCCCUGAGCAAUCUACAACUUUCCCAAUCAGCUGGACAUCCUCAGAAACUUCUGUUACUCCUGAUGUCAUCCACACCGUAUCACUUUCUGAGACAACUACCAAUUUAUCAGCCAGCAUCAUUACCACAGAAGGUACUCACGGACCUCAGACAUCACUCAUAGACUUCACUCAGGGAUUUAUGACCUCUGCAACCACCCCAGUUUCCCCAGCAAGAAUUGUCUCUUCUGAGAUCUCACCCACAUCAGCCUUCACUGAAGUGUCUAUGUCAGCCUCCAGCAGCCUCCUCUCAUCCCAAGCCUCUGAGCCAACUGAAACCAGCAACCCACUUGUACCAAUGGAAUCUACCCCUUCCACAAGCAGCUCAGUUUCUUCAGUAACAGCUGUCCCUCCUGACUCCUCACUUCUCACCACUCUGACUGGGGCAUCUAUAACCUCCCCAAGCAACGGAAGUUCGAAACCUGGAACUCAAGCCACUGAGACUGCCCUCACAUCAUUAUUCACUGAGGAAUAUACGGUCUUCCUGAGCAACUCAGUUUCCACAGAAAUAACUGUACCUCCUGAGAUUACCCACUUCUCAGACAUGACUGAGCCAUCUACAAUCUCCACAAGAAGCCCCUUUUCCAGAGAUUCAUCUCAACCACCCGAUACCUUGCAAACAACUGUUUUCGCUCAGGAAUCCCCAACCUCUCCAAGCAGCUCAAUUUUCUCAGAAGCUGCCAUCCCUCCUGAGACACCCAUCACUUCAUCUCUUACUGAAGCAUCUACAGCCUCUUUGAGCCCCCUUAUUUCAACAGAAGGAACUCAGACCACUGAGAUCUCCCAAACAAUGGUCUUAACUCAGGAGUCUACAGCCUUGCCAAGCAACUCAAUUUCAACAGAACCAACUGUACCUUCUGCAACCUCCCACUCCACAGUCGAAACACAUGUAUCUGCAGCCUCCCUAAAUGGCCUAUUUUCCACUGAGCUAACUAAAGCAACUGAGGCCUCCAGAACAGUCUUCACUCAGGCAUCCACCACCUUCCCAAGCAGUGGGAUUUCUGCGUACAGGAGCCCUCCCUCUGCGAGCUCUCUGUCUGCCACCAUUCCUGAUGAGUCAGCAUCCCGCAGGACACCAUCUUCAGAUCCGUCUUCAACUGCUUUUCCACCAGGACUCUCAUCCCCUCCAUACAGUUCAAAGUCACCACUACCACCAGCAUCACCUGACACCUCACCAGCCACAGUCUCAUCUUCUUUACCCAUUUUCUCCAGCACCCCAAGUUCAGUCCAUUCCCCAACAUCACCAGUGAGCCCUGAAACCAUGGUUCAAGAUGCUACUUCCUUGACACCUUCAUUUCCUCUCUCCUCCUCAUUGCCAGUGUCUGACUCUUCAGCCCAGACAAGCCCUCCUGGAUCUUCUCCUCCAUCCUCCACUUCCCUCCACUCCCUUUCCAGCAGCAUCCCUGAGUUCAGCAGCUCUACUGCUCGCCCCCCUUUUCCCAGCGUAUACCCUACUUCCAUGAGGACUCAAGCCGUCUCUUCACAGGACUGCAACAACGGAAGGUGGAAUGGAAGCCAGUGUGAAUGCAAGCCAGGCUACAUUGGCCAGCUCUGCGACACCAUCCUGUAUUCCUUCCCAAUAGAUAUCCCAAAUGUUGUCAACGCUACCGUGAGCAUGACAGUAAAGGUGACCCACCGGAACUUCUCAGAUGACCUGAAGAACACAUCCUCCCAGGCCUACAAGGACUUCAUCAACCUCUUCCUGAGCCAGCUGGCCUGCAAGCUGACUGGCUGCAGGGUAGAGAAAGGUGGGCAGAGGUCUACACUGGAGGCGAUGGUGUCAUGGUGUCAACGACUAGAGAGGGAAGUGGUGGGAGAAAGGGGUCCUGUGGGGAUGGUCUUGAGAGAUAAGAGCGCCCCGUCAGACCGUGGGGAUUUGGGGAGACACAACGGCAGCAUCGUAGUGAAAGGGGAGGUGGUUCUGGAGGCGAAUUACACCCCCGAGUACCAGACGCUGUUCAGCAACCUCACCAGGAUCGUGAGAGCCAAGAUCACGAAUGCGACCAGAGCAAAUGAGCCUGACGGGUCCCUGUGUCAAAGGAGUGUUCUAGCGGUGCCGAAUGGAGCUGCCAUUCCUCGUCCUGUAGAGCGCUGCAUGCGGGAGGCUGCCGAGGACUUUGGCCAGUACUUCUACCCAGAGGUUCUCGAGGGAAGACUGACCUGCGUGAAUAAGUGCACUCCGGGGACAAAGUCACAACUCAACUGCAACCUGGGCCAGUGCCAGCUGCUGCGCUCAGGGCCCCGCUGUGUGUGCCCGAACACAGACACCCACUGGUACUGGGGAGAGACUUGCAAGUCUAGAACCAGCAAGAGACUCGUGUACGGACUUGUGGGCACCGUGCUGGCAGUGCUGCUGGUCCUUGUGGUCAUCUUGGCUGUGUUCCUUGGCCGGUCCCAGAAAAAGCUGCACAGGGUAGGCUCAGAGUCGUCUCCUGCCUCACAAGACAAGGGUGUCAGACUUGCAGCCACUCUGGAGUGCCAGGACAUAGCAUGGCACAGACUAUGA